CCAGCAACGGAACCCGUCCACCGCAAUGCGCUACACAACUGCCACGUCCAGCCCCAUGCAGAUGAAAAUCGAGUUGCUGGCUGCCCUCGCCAAGGGAAAACCCGUUCUGUGCUUUGUCUUUAGCACCGACAAGAAACUSAGUGCCUUUGGUCGCAAUGUUCAACUGGCCGUGGAGAUGCUGGACAGCGACCAGCAAAAGAUGGUCAAAAUAUUUGUCCACGGAUGGGGCCACGACGGUCCCUUUUUGUUGGAAGCCAUCAAGUGUGCGAAGGAAGGCAAGACCAUCGACGAGGCCAUCGAGGCCUGCGAGGAUGUCGCCCAGAGAACCUACAGCAAGGUUGGGUUCAUGGACUGCGACAUGUUCCGCAAGAUGAAGGCCUGGAGGCCUGCCCUCUUCCCCGACGGAUUCGACAUCCCGGAGGGGCACCACAUGCUCUCCGGUCCACCCUCYAAAAUCCGUCCCGACGGGAUCGCGAUAGAGAAGAGAACUCAGCUCAUGAUGGCUCCGAUCGGGAUGGGCUCUUCCCGGGAAGACGCCUUCGAAAAGGCCGCRAAGCACAUCAAGGACGGUCUCGCACCCGGCCAAAAGCUAGGCAACGUUAUGAUUCCCUGCGUUGGACGCCCCGACUAYGGACACCUCAUGGUCCAAAAGAUGGAGGAAGCAGGAAUCGAAUUUACUGAGCCCCCCUACGUGUUCAACGAAGGAAUCAUAGCGGUCAUUAUGGGAUCCUGGGGAUCGAUCUAUAUCAUCUACAAGGUGGUCGAAGAAUAGGCAUCUUUGAGCACCAAAAAAAAGGCUGUAUUCAUUU